AUGGAGCGUGCGGCAGCGGUGCGGCGUGCGCGCAUCGAGGCGCUGCGCUCGCUGCGUCUCGCGGAGGAGGCGGGCGAUACCGAGGCUGCGUCGACCAACGAGUUUGGCCAGGCGGUCAAGCGGAGCUACCGCACGAGCGAGCCGCCCGCGUCGGCGCUCGGUGCAGCGCCGACGGACACGGUCGAGAUGGACGUCGACGGCCUGCAGGCGCGCGCCAUCGCCGAGGACCGGGCGCGCGAGGCGGAGGAGCUGGAUAUGACGAAUAUUGCGCCGCGCCGGCCCAACUGGGACCUGCGUCGCGACUGGGAGGCGCGGCAGCAGCUGCUCGUGCCGCGGACGCAGGCGGCCAUCCACACGCUGCUCGGUACGUAG